AUGGCAGGUGGAGCAGCAGUCAAUCGCGGCCCGCACACCGGUUCGGGCACCGAAGCCGCAGCCGCGGACCUCAACGCGCCACAGCGCAAAUCGCUGCUUUCCAACUACGACUUCGGAGAGCUGGCCAAGCUGCAGCUUCCACCCGCAAGCGGUAUCGCCGAGUACGCCAUCUUCGACCGCGACGACGCGCUCGCUGUCCACGGCAGCCAGCCGUCGUUCACCAAGUCGUUCGACCCAGAUGAGGUGCGCGAGCUGAUCGACGUGUUUGUCCAAGCCACAGCACCCAGCGUCACCGAGGACGAGCUGAAAAAGUCCAGCCGCCAGAUCGAGCUGGCGGGCAAAACGUUCAACAUCAGCGGCCCGAGGGGUGGUCAGUACCCGCUCCAGGUCGCCACGCUACACGAACAAGGCGAAGGCGGCGAGGUGUACUUUGUCGCUCCCACCGCAACGCUGCUGCUCGUGGUCAAGACAGCACCCGGCGCAGACGUCGACUACCAGAGCAGCGAAAAGCAGGGCGUGUGGACCGCUAUCCGCUCGUUUGCCUUUGCGCUCUCUGAAAAGGGUCUCUAG